AUGGCCUCUUCCUUUCACCGAGUUCUGUUUCUGGUUGGCCUCUGUGCUCCAGUCUACUGCAUCCCCCCAUCCAGCACCCCCAGUAAAAGGCCCCCCAAACCUCCCUCCAUGAAGGGCACCCCCGCCUACCAGGUGUCUCGCAGCAACACCAACUUUGCCUUCCACCUGUACCAGAGGCUGGUUCUACAGAACCCUGGUCGGAACAUCUUCUUCUCCCCUGUGAGUGUCUCUACUUCCCUGGCCAUGCUGUCCCUGGGGGCCCGUUCAGCCACCAAGAGCCAGAUUCUGCAAAGUCUGAACUUCAGCCUCACACACACAGCAGAGUCUGUCAUCCACCUGGGCUUCCAGCACCUAGUCCACUCUCUGAACGUCCCCAGCAAAGACCGGAGUUUGAGAGUGGGCAGUGCCCUGUUCGUCAGAAAGGGGCUAGCGCUGCAGGCGGAUUUCCUGGACAGAAGCAAGAGGCUGUAUGAGGCGAAAGUCUUCUCCACAGAUUUCUCCAGCACCUUUGCUGCCCAGGAGAAGAUCAACAGCUACGUGGCAAAGGAGACCAGCGGGAAGGUGACGGAUAUAAUCCAAGACCUUGACCCUCUGACAGCCAUGGUACUGGUGAACCACAUUUUCUUUAAAGCCAAAUGGACCAAGCCCUUUAACCCUGCAGAUACUAUUAAAGGCUUCUCAUUCCUGGUGGGCCAGGGGACCACUGUGCAUGUCCCCAUGAUGCACCAGACAGAAGAGUUUGCUUUUGGAGUGGAUCCAGAGCUGGACUGCUCUGUGCUGCAGAUGGACUAUGGCCCAGACACCAUGGCCCUCUUUGUCCUUCCUAGCAAAGGCAAGAUGGGCCAGCUGGAACAGGCCUUGUCACCUAGGACGCUGGAAAAGUGGAGCCACUCACUGCAGAAGAGGCGGAUAGAGGUGCUCAUCCCCAGAUUUUCCAUGUCUGCCUCCUACAACCUGGAAACCAUCCUCCCCAAAAUGGGCAUCCAUGAUGCCUUUGACAGAAAUGCUGAUUUUUCUGGAAUUACAAAGAGUGACUCCCUGCAGGUUUCCAAAGCUGCUCACAAGGCUGUGCUGGCUGUCAGUGAGGAGGGGACAGAGGCCGUAGCAGCCACUGCCACCAACAUCAUACUCCGCUCAAAGGAUGGUCCCUCUUCUCCUAUCAUCUGCUUUAAUAGCACCUUCCUGGUGAUGAUCGUAGACAAACACAUUGAGUCUAUGCUUUUCCUAGGGAAAGUCCAAAAUCCCACCCAAGUCUAA